AUGACUCUCGACAUGAGCUCGUUCGCCGGAGUCCAGAAAUUUGCAAACGCUCUCAAAGCUCAAUUUACCAGCAUCGACGAGGCAAUUCUCAAUGCAGGAACAAUGCAGGCGAAAUACGUCGCCAGCAGUGAUGGCUGGGAGGAGACUCUGCAAGUCAACGCCCUCAGUACCUUCCUUCUCGGUAUUCUCGUGCUACCGCUACUUAUUGCAUCAGCAGAUGCCGGCACGGGGAGCUACACCCCUCAUUUGACGACUUUCAUGGCCAGCGAAACACCUCUUGAAGAUCUCAGCACUCAGAAACACUCUCCCCCUGGCACCUUUGGCGGAUCAACCCAAUAUAGCCGAUCUAAACUUGUGCUCGAGUACGCCGUGCGCCAUCUUGCAGCCUCACCGGCAUUAAAAGGGGCAGAUGGCCAGCCGAAAGUCAUCGUUAACACGCCCUGCCCCGGAUUUUGCAAAAGCGGCCUUAGACGGCAGAUGAGCGCCAACGCGGUGGUCAAAUUUAUCGGCUGGUUGCUCUACGCCAUUUUCGCCCGAACAGCCGAGCAGGGCACCAACUCAUAUACCCCUGCCCUGCCCGGAGGAGUUGAGACUCACGGAGAAAUGUGGAAGAAUGACCGAGUCUACGAACCUGGCCCAAUGUACGCCACUGAGGAAGGUCGCAAAUUUGGGGACCGAGUUUGGAGCGAGGUUUCCCAAGUGAUUCUCAAGGCUGAUCCCAGCACCGAAGCGUUUAUUGGUUAA